UCUUAAUUUAUUUUUGAUCGUUUUUAAUGUUUACACAACAGCAUAAACAUUACUGUCCACAAAUAAAACAUACAAAAUCGAUCUCUGCUGCAAAUGUGUUACCAUGGUUACCAAAGGACCACAACACAGUGAAGGUGUAGGAGCGUCUAUCUGUAGUAAAGUUCGAUUACUUAAACUAAAAAAAAAUCCAACUAUUUCUGUCACAUAGGAUCAGCAAAAAGAGAAAAUGUACAAAGUUAAUUUCCCAGGUGAGCAAUUGAUUGAGACCGCUGUGGAAAGAAGACAGGCUGCAGAGGCAGCACGCAAAGCUCGAAUCUUCAAUACAAGGUCGCGUGUGAUGGGCCUUGACCUGCAUGCCCUCAACAAACAGACCCAGGAUAAAAAGCGGUGGGAAGAAAUGGAGAGAGAAAGAGACAAAGCUUUUGAUAAGCUGAGACUGAAGCAUGAUGAAGCACUGUUGCAGAGAGACUUGGAGGAAAGGGAAGUGCGAGCAGCAUUGCAUGCUGACCUGACUCAGUAUUGGAGCAUCCAUCAGCGUGUGGAGGACUCACGGGACGCUGAUCUCAAGUGUGGUCUGAGGGGGGCUUUCAGGAUUGACGUUCCAGAGGCUGAGCUUGGGCCUUCCAGCAUGCGCAUCUUUGAAGGUGAAGAUAUUGGAGAGGGACAGCGCAAGAGAGAGCAAAUGAAAAAAACAGAACAAGAUCUGCUGGAACAAAAGGUGGACCGUGAGAGAAGGUGCAUGGAGGAAAAGCACAGAGAGGCGCUGGCAGAGAAAGAACUGUUGCAUCAGGACCACAGCUGGAGACAACAACACGCUGCUGAGGAGGAGGACAAAAAAGCUGCCCGGGUUGCUCUUGACCUCUACAACCAGGCUCUGGCUACAGAGCGGAAUGAAAGACUGAAAGAGCAGCGUCGGAGAGACGAGAGCGAGAAUCUCGCUGAGAUGACAUCCAACAUGAUGACGGAGCGCUGGGAUGCAGCAGUGAAACAGCUGGAAGGAGGACGGAGGCCUGUUGUGACUGACGGGUGGAAGGGGAUGAGUCCUGAGCAGCUGAGGGACAUUCACAGGGAGAGACAAGUGCAAUGCAUUGACAGACAGAGGCGGCGAGUUUUUGAGAAGAAUCGGGACGCAGCUUGGAACUCCCACAUCCUAAAGGACUCCAGAGAAGCUCAGGAAGAGGAACAGAAAAUGGCUGAGCUCAGGAGAGCAAAGCGGCUGCAGUCAGACCAGUUCAACAUGCAGCUGGCCCAAGAACAGCAAGCACAUCAGCAGUACCUGAACAAUCAGCUGUACACCAACAAACCCAGUCGGGCCUACUUCAGUCAAUUCAACACCACUUCUCGCUGAUUGCGUCCUAAUACAAUCAUUUCACUCACAUUCGAUGCGACAGAUCAAUGCUUUGUGGGGACAAAAAAAAGCAACCUAUCCUCAGGGUA